CUAUGAUGAGAUAAUUAAUACAUAUUUAGUUGAAAAGUCUAUGAAGCCUUUGGUUAUAAAUACUGGCAUUUCAAGCAAGGUUGCCACACGCUCAAAACCUUCUCUCUCUUUCGAUCUAAACUUUCCUCUUCAGAAAAUGGAUCCUUACAAGUACCGACCAUCGAGUGCUUACAACGCACCUUUCAUGACUACUAAUGCCGGAGCUCCGGUUUACAACAAUGAGUCGGCUUUAACUGUCGGACCAAGAGGUCCAAUCCUUUUGGAGGAUUAUCAUCUGGUGGAGAAGAUUGCUAACUUCACUAGGGAAAGGAUGCCCGAGCGUAUUGUCCAUGCCAGGGGAGCCAGUGCUAAGGGUUUCUUUGAGGUGACUCAUGAUGUUUCUCACCUCACCUGUGCUGACUUCCUCCGAGCUCCUGGAGUUCAGACACCUGUCAUUGUUCGCUUCUCCACUGUCAUCCAUGAACGUGGUAGCCCUGAAACCAUUAGAGACCCUCGUGGUUUUGCAGUCAAGUUCUACACCAGAGAGGGUAAUUUCGAUAUUGUGGGAAACAACUUUCCUGUGUUUUUCAUCCGUGAUGGAAUCCAAUUCCCUGAUGUGAUCCAUGCCUUUAAGCCCAACCCUAAGUCUCACAUCCAGGAGUACUGGAGGGUGCUUGACUUCUUGUCAUUCCAUCCCGAAAGUAUGCUCACCUUCGCCUGGCUAUUCGAUGAUGUGGGUGUUCCACAAAAUUACAGGCACAUGGAAGGUUUUGGUGUUCACACCUUUACUUUGGUUAACAAGGCUGGAAAGGUAACCUUUGUGAAGUUCCACUGGAAGCCCACCUGUGGUGUUAAGUCCAUGUUGGAGGAAGAGGCCAUCAGGGUUGGAGGAACCAACCACAGCCAUGCCACCCAAGAUCUUUAUGAGUCAAUUGCCUCUGGAAACUACCCUGAGUGGAAGCUGUACAUCCAAACACUUGAUCCUGCUGAUGAGGACAAGUUUGACUUUGACAUACUAGACACAACACAAAUCUGGCCUGAGGACCUCAUUCCUCUUCACCCAGUUGGUCGUUUGGUUCUCAACAGGAACAUUGACAACUUCUUUGCAGAGAACGAACAACUCGCCAUGAACCCUGCCCAUACCGUCCCUGGUAUCCACUAUUCUGAUGACAAGAUGCUUCAGGCUCGUCUCUUCGCUUACAGUGAUACUCACAGAUACCGCAUUGGAGUGAACUACCUUCAACUCCCUGUUAACGCUCCCAAGUGUGCCCACCACAACAAUCACUAUGAUGGUUGCAUGAAUUUCACUCACAGAGAUGAGGAGAUUGACUACUUCCCUUCAAGGUAUGAUUCUUGUCGCCAUGCUGAGCAAUUCCCCAUUCCUGCUAAAAUCAUCCAUGGAAAGCGUGAAAGGUGUACUAUUCCAAAGGAGGACAACUUUACCCAAGCUGGUGUGAGAUACCGAUCUUGGGCACCAGACAGACAAGACAGAUUUGUCAAGCGAUGGGUGGAUGUGUUGGCUGACCACCGUGUCACCCAUGAGAUCCGCAGCAUCUGGAUCUCCUACCUGUCUCAGACGGACAAGUCUCUCGGUCAGAAGGUAGCUUCUCGUCUCAAUGUUAGGCCUAACAUUUGAGCGCGGACAGCAGGCACGCAUGCGAGAUGUUUUUAAGUUUCGAACUGUGCAAGAAGGAAACUAAAUGGUGAAAAGUGCGGGAUAUAAAUAUGGAACGAUAAAUAACUCUUGUGUACCCUCUUGUGUACUCUAUUCUGUACUCUUAUGUUGUGUUAUGUUAUGUUCUAUCCUGAAACUCUUAUGUACACUAUUUAUCGAACUUAAUAAAUGCUGGUCAUGUGUACCAGUUUCAUA